AUGACUGUGCCCCAGUCCAUAAAUACGUGGUUGGUUGAGUUUGGUGUGGAAGAACUUGACUGGCCCACACAGAGCCCUGACCUCAACCCAAUCAAAGACCUUAGGGAUGAGCUGGAAGGGAGAUUCCACACCAACAUUAAUGAUUGCUCCGCUUCUUGGCACAAAUGUCAGGCACACCAGAUUAUUGAGAACCGCCGCGCUGAGAAUCCAAAUUUCGCCAAAUCAUAUUUGAUCGCCAAAAACUUCAAAAAGCAACUCGGAGAAAAAUAUAAUUGGCCGCGGACCCUCUAUCGACUCAGGCACUCCGAUGAUCCUUAUGUUGUUCCGUCUACUCCGCGCUUCCAGAUCAGCGUUCUGCCAAGUCACACCUGUGGAAAUCCAGGGUUGAUACCGAGAGGGAUUAUCCAUGGGACCAGGUACAACGUCGGAGACAAGAUCCGCUACAGUUGUGUGAUGGGAUACGUUUUGGAGGGGCAUGCAGUGCUCACGUGCAUAGUGAGCCCAGGAAGUGGUGCAUCAUGGGAUUUCCCAGCACCAUUUUGUAGAGCUGAAGGAUCAUGUGGUGGGACGUUAAGAGGAACAACAGGGACAAUAUCAAGUCCCCACUUUCCUUCAGAGUAUGACAACAAUGCUGACUGCACGUGGAGUAUUCUGGCCGAGCCGGGAGACACUAUUGCCCUAGUCUUCACAGACUUCCAGCUAGAAGAUAGAUAUGACUUUCUAGAGAUCAGUGGCACAGAAGCACCGUCAAUAUGGCUGACUGGAAUGAAUUUGCCAUCCCCUGUCAUCAGUAGCAAGAAUUGGCUGCGGCUUCACUUCACAUCUGACAGCAACCAUCGGAGGAAAGGAUUUAGUGCCCAGUAUCAAGUGAAGAAGGCCAUCGAGCUGAAAUCCAGAGGGGUGAAAAUGCUCCCGAGCAAGGAUACAAGUCACAAAAAUGCAGUCUUAAGCCAAGGUGGGAUGGCUGCAGACAUUUGUCCAGAUCCGGGGAUUCCUGAGAAUGGGAAAAGAAUUGGCUCCAGCUUCCAGGUCGGAGCCAGCAUCCAGUUUUCCUGUGACGACAGCUACGUACUGCAGGGAUCAAAGAGCAUCACUUGCCAGAGAGUGACUGAGACCCUGGCGGCCUGGAGUGACCACAGGCCUAUCUGUCGGACUAGGACCUGUGGCUCUAAUUUGCGGGGCCCUAAAGGCAUCAUAACGUCUCCAAAUUACCCCGUCCAGUAUGAGAAUAACGCACACUGUGUGUGGGUCAUAACAGCGGUGGAUCCAGAGAAGGUCAUCAAGCUGGCUUUUGAAGAGUUUGAUCUAGAGCGAGCAUACGAUACAUUAACAGUGGGCGACGGAGGGAAGAUAGGUGAUGCUCGAAGAGUCCUUUAUGUCCUCACGGGAUCCAGCGUGCCCGAUUUGAUUGUGAGUAUGAGUAACCAGAUGUGGCUCCAUCUGCAGUCCGAUGACACGAUUGGAUCGCAAGGUUUCAAGGCUGUAUAUGAAGAAAUUGAGAAAGGUGGAUGUGGAGACCCAGGCGCCCCUGCAUAUGGAAAGCGAACUGGGGACCGUUUUUUACACGGUGAUGUGCUGACCUUUGAGUGUCAGGCUGCUUUUGAAUUGGUUGGCGAGAGGACAAUAUCGUGCCAGCAAAAUAACCAGUGGUCUGGAAACAAACCCAGCUGCGUCUUCUCCUGCUUCUUCAAUUUCACCACUCCGUCAGGCAUCAUCCUCUCGUCAAACUACCCAGAGGAAUACGGAAACAACAUGAACUGUGUGUGGCUCAUUAUAGCGGAGCCGGGCAAUCGGAUCCAUCUCAUUUUCAGUGAUUUUGAGUUGGAGCCCCAGUUUGACUAUCUUAUUGUGAAAGACGAUGGCAUGCCGGAGCCCACCACUUUUGGAACGUUCUCUGGGAAGGAUGUACCAUCGCAGAUCGCCAGUAAUGGGCAUAUAAUGCGCUUGGAGUUCCAGUCGGACCACUCAAACACGGGAAAGGGGUUUAACAUCACCUACACAACUUUUGGACAAAAUGAAUGUCACGACCCUGGUAUUCCCAUCAACGGGCAGCGCUUUGGAGUGCACUUCUUACUGGGCAGCUCAGUGCUCUUCACGUGUGAUGAGGGCUUCAUCAAAACCCACGGAUCCGAAUCCAUCACCUGUGUCAUCCAGGAUGGAAAUGUGGUGUGGAAUGCGGCCGUCCCCCGGUGUGAAGCUCCAUGUGGCGGACAUCUAACGGCUCCCAUAGGAGUCUUACUGUCCCCUGGCUGGCCCGGGUACUACAAAGACUCCCUCAACUGCGAAUGGAUGAUUGAAGCCAGAAAGGAUCAUGCCAUCAAGAUAUCUUUUGACAGGUUUCAGACGGAGGUUAAUUACGACACGCUGGAGGUUCGGGACGGGCCCUCCAACUCGUCGCCUCUGAUCGGCGAGUACCACGGCACUCAGGCCCCCCACUUCCUCAUCAGCACCGGCAAUUACAUGUACCUGCUCUUUACCACCGACAACAGCCGUUCCAGUGAAGGCUUCCAGAUCCGCUAUGAGAGCAUUAUGAUGGAAACAGAUUCCUGUUUAGAUCCAGGUAUCCCGGUGAAUGGGAAAAGGCACGGGGACAAUUUUGCCAUCGGCUCCAGAGUGACGUUCAGCUGUGAUCAAGGCUAUACUCUGAGUGAUGAUGAACCCAUUGUGUGUGAGAGGAACCAUCAGUGGAACCACGCCCUGCCCAGCUGUGACGGGAUUGAAACAUUGAUUCAGCAUGAUGGGCUCUCACCAGAGCCUGACCUUCAUUACAGACAGGACAGAUACUCCCCAUUUGUUUGUGGGAAUGACGGCAGCUUCACAGAGCCGGUGGCCAGGCUCACAGGCUCCGUCCUGCCGCCCUCCAUCAAAGCAGGCCUGUUUGGCAACUUCAGCGUCCAGCUACGCUUCGUCUCGGACUUCUCCAUGUCAUACGAGGGAUUCAAUAUCACCUUCUCUGAGUACAGCUUGGAGCCAUGUGAGGAUCCGGGAGUACCCGCAUACAGCAGGAGGGUGGGCUUCCAGUUCGGGGUCGGCGACUCGCUGGUCUUUUCCUGCUUUGCGGGCUACCGUCUGGAAGGCGAGAGUAAGAUCACUUGCUUGGGUGGAGGCCGGAGAAUGUGGAGUGCAGCCCUGCCCAGAUGUGUGGCUGAGUGUGGAGCCACUUUUGUGGGCAGUCAGGGUGUCCUGCUGUCCCCCAAUUACCCAGCAAAUUACGACAACAACCAUGAGUGCAUCUACCGCAUUGAGACCAACAGAGGCAAGGGGAUUCAAAUCACAGCCACCACCUUCCAGCUUCACGAGGGAGAUUUCCUCAAGAAGAAAGAUGGUCCCUUAAGACCAAUAAGGCCACUAAUUAAGUCACAAAUGAAGGAUAAGAAUGAGGUGCAAUUCCAAACACAUAACGACAUGUCUGAUGUCAUCCUCAACAGCACGUCCAACCAUCUCUGGAUGGAGUUUAACAGCAAUGGUACCGGUUCCAGCAAAGGAUUCAAGCUGUCGUACAGUAGUUUUGACCUUGUCAAAUGUGAGGAGCCGGGGACGCCUAAUUAUGGCUACAAAAUCCAAGACGAUGGCCAUUUUGCAGAUACAUACGUUUUGUACAGUUGCAAUCCUGGAUACACACUGCAUGGAAGCAGCACGCUGACGUGCCUCAGUGGAGACCGUAGGGUGUGGGACAAACCACUUCCAUCUUGUAUUGCCGAGUGCGGAGGACACACUAGUGGCGCCACAUCUGGACGGAUUCUGUCUCCUGGUUACCCGGCCCCCUAUGACAACAACCUUCACUGCACCUGGUCCAUUGAGGCGGACACAGGCAAAACCAUCAGCCUCCACUUCAUAGUCUUUGAAACAGAAGUGGACCAUGACAUUCUGAAGGUUUGGGAUGGACCAGCGGAGAGUGGCAUUCUGCUGAAAGAGUGGAGUGGAUCGCUUUUACCCGAGGACACUCACAGUACCUUCAACAUCCUCACGCUUCAGUUUGACAGCGAUUACUUCAUUAGCAAGUCUGGUUUCUCCAUCCAGUUCUCUACUACAGUUGCCACGACCUGCAACGACCCAGGGACCCCUCAAAAUGGGACACGCUAUGGAGACAGCAGGGAGCCUGGCGACACCAUUUCCUUUCAGUGUGACCCUGGGUACCAGAUUCAAGGAGUGUCUGAAAUCACUUGCGUUCAGCUAAACAGCCGAUUUUUCUGGCAGCCGGACCCACCCACCUGCAUCGCUACCUGUGGGGGCAAUGUGACAGGGCCUGCUGGGGUAAUUCUAUCACCCAACUAUCCCCAACCCUACCCACCAGGAAAAGAGUGUGACUGGCGGAUAAAAGUCAACCCUGACUUUGUCAUCGCUUUAAUCUUCAAAAGUUUUAACAUGGAGCCCAGCUAUGACUUCCUCCAUAUCUAUGACGGUGAGGACUCCAACGGACCCCUGAUCAUCAGUCUGCAGGGCAACCAGGUUCCUGAGCGCAUCGAAAGCAGUGGAAACAGCCUUUUUCUGGCCUUCCGCAGUGAUGCCUCCCUGGGGAUGUCUGGUUUUGCUAUCGAAUAUAAAGAAAAGCCACGAGAAGCAUGCUUUGACCCUGGGAACAUAAUGAAUGGAACUAGACUGGGAAUGGACUACAAGUUGGGAUCAACUGUAACAUAUCAGUGUGAUUCUGGGUACACCAUUGCAGGACCACCCACUCUCACCUGCAUCAUGGGGGCUGAUGGGAAACCUGUAUGGGACAAAGCUCUGCCUACGUGUAAAGCACCAUGCGGUGGGCAGUACACUGGAUCAGAGGGAGUGGUAGUAUCCCCAAAUUACCCUCUCAACUACACGACAGGCCAGACCUGCUCCUACCACAUCACAGUGUCUGGAGAAUUUGUGGUGUUUGGUCAAUUUGCCUAUUUCCAGACAGCCAUGAACGACUCCGUUGAGCUAUUUGAUGGGCCCAAUCAGAAUUCUAGGCUGCUAAGCUCCCUGGCUGGGUCUCAUUCCGGAGAAACGUUGCCCUUGGCCACCUCAAACCAAAUCAUGCUGAGAUUCAGCACAAAAAGUGGCCCGUCCGCCAAAGGUUUCCAUUUUGUUUACCAAGCUGUUCCACGCACCAGUGAUACACAGUGCAGCUCCAUCCCAGAGCCCAGAUACGGCAGGCGGAUUGGGUCCGAAUUCUCAGCUGGCUCCAUUGUUCGUUUCGAGUGCAACCCUGGAUACCUCCUCCAGGGAUCCAAAGCCAUCAAGUGUCACGUAGUCCCUAACGCUCUGGCGCAGUGGAAUGACACCAUCCCGAAUUGUAUAGUCCCAUGCAGUGGGAAUCUGACAGAAAGGAGAGGUACCAUCCUCUCCCCCGGGUUCCCGGAGCCUUAUGGGAACAGCCUGAACUGUGUGUGGAAAAUCAUUGUUACCGAAGGAGCUGGUAUCCAGAUCCAAGUCAUGAGCUUUGCCACCGAGCAUAACUGGGACUCGUUAGAAAUCUAUGAUGGUGGAGAUAUGGCAGCUCCAAAGCUCGGGAGCUUUUCAGGUACAACAGCUCCAGCCUUGUUGAACAGCACCUCCAACCAGCUUUACCUGCACUUCCAUACAGAUAUCAGUGUCGUCGCGGCUGGAUUUCACCUUGAGUACAAAACCGUGGGACUGACGACCUGCCCGGAGCCCGUGAUCCCGGCCAAUGGCAUCAAGAAUGGCGACAGGUACAUGGUGAACGAGGUUGUGUCAUUCAGCUGUGAGCCGGGGUAUGUGCUUCAGGGACAUUCUCACAUAACGUGUAUGCCGGGAACCGUGCGUCGCUGGAACUACCCCCCUCCGCUCUGUAUCGCGAAGUGCGGCGGGACCCUGUACAAUAUGAGCAAUGUGGUCCUGAGCCCGGGUUUCCCUGGGAACUACCCUGGAAACUUGGACUGCACCUGGAGAAUCGUGCUUCCUGUUGGAUACGGGGCACACAUCCAAUUUCUCAACUUCACCUCUGAGGAUAACCACGAUUUUGUAGAGGUUCGCAAUGGGCCGCACCACAGCAGCUCUCUGAUUGGACAGUUCAGCGGAAGCCAAGUGCCGCCCCCUAUACUGAGCAGCACUCACGAAACCGUCAUCCACUUCUACAGCGACCACUCCGAGAACAGACAGGGCUUCAAACUCACUUAUCAAGCAUAUGAAUUACAAAACUGUCAAGACCCAUAUCCAUUCCACAACGGGUAUAUCAUCAACAGCGAUUUCAACGCAGGCCAAUCCGUAACAUUUGAAUGCUUCCCGGGAUACGUGUUAGUCGGCUACCCUGUGCUAACAUGCCAGCACGGAAUCAACAGGAAGUGGAACCACCCCUUUCCUCGCUGUGAAGCUCCCUGUGGCUACAACGUGACGGCUCCAAACGGCACCAUUUUCUCUCCAGAGUACCCAAAUGAGUACCCAGACUCUCAGGACUGCACUUGGCUCAUCACCGUGCCCCAUGGUCAUGGGGUUUACAUCAACUUCACCCUGCUCCAAACUGAGCCUGUGACUGACUAUAUCGCUGUCUGGGACGGCCCAGAGCAAAGCUACCCGCAGCUGGGAAUUUUCAGCGGCAACACAGCCCUCGAGUCAGCCUACAGCACUCUCAAUCAGGUUCUUAUCAAGUUCCACAGCGACUUCUCGACAAGUGGAUUCUUUGUCCUUAAUUUCCAUGCUUAUCGACUCAAGAAAUGCCCUCCUCCCCCUACGGUUGAACAAGCAGAGAUAUUAUUUGAAGACCAGGACUAUGAAAUUGGUGACAUUGUGAGGUAUCGAUGCUUUCCUGGAUUUACAUUGGCUGGCAGCGAUGAGCUCACCUGUAAACUGAAUUCUCACCUGCAGUUUGAGGGUCCACCACCAGUGUGUGAAGCUCAGUGUCCUGCAAAUGAGGAACGGUCUGCCUCCUCUGGUGUGAUCCUGAGUCCAGGAUUCCCAAAAAACUACCCCAACUCCCAGACCUGCUCCUGGAUCAUCAGAGUGCAGCCUGCCUUCACCAUCGCCAUUUAUGUGGAAAUGUUCCAGAGCGAGAAGCAGUUUGACGAACUGGAGAUCUUUGAUGGGCCAUCUGGACAGAGUCCGUUGCUGGUGGCUUUGAGUGGGAACCACUCCACACAAUUGAAUUUCACUAGCAAAACAAACCAGCUUUACCUCAGAUGGUCAACUGAUCAUGCAACCAGCAAGAAAGGCUUCAAAAUACGCUACACAGCUGCGUACUGCAGUGUGAACGAUCCACCCAAGAAUGGAGGAGUCAUCAAUAGGGCGAGAGAUCGGCUAGGCAGCAGGCUCCAGUAUUACUGCAACGCUGGUUACAGGCUUGUGGGUCACAGAAAUGCUACAUGCAGACUUCAUCCCAGUGGGCUUUACCAGUGGGACAAUCCGGCCCCACUGUGCCAAGCUGUGUCUUGCGGAGCACCAGAGUCUCCUGCUAAUGGGUCGUUCCACGGCUUCCAAUACACAGUGGGCAGUGAGGUGCAGUACCAAUGCGAGGAGGGCUAUAAGCCUGACGUGAGCAGCCUGCUCACCGCCGUCUGCCUGGAGGAUGGCACCUGGAGCAACGUGGCACAUCCUACCCGUUGUUUACCGGUUCAGUGCCCUAACAUUGAGAGCAUGCUCUCAGAACACAUGGUGUGGCGUCUCAUCUCAGGCUCGCUGAAUGAGUUCGGUGCACGACUAAUGCUGAGCUGCUCCCCGGGCUACUAUCUGAUGGGCAGGAGGACCAUCAAAUGCUUAGCUAAUGCAACAUGGGAAGGGCUGGAGGAGAAGUCUACCUGCAAGAUCAUUUCCUGUGGGGAGCUUCCAUCCCCUCCUAAUGGCAAGAAGAUGGGCACCCUGACUACCUAUGGCGCCACAGCUAUCUUCAUGUGUAACACAGGGUACACUUUAGUGGGCUCGCACGUGAGGGAGUGUCAGGCUAACGGUCUCUGGAGGGGAGAUGAGACCAAAUGUCUGGCUGGUCAUUGUGAUUCUCCGGAUCCGAUUGUUAAUGGCCACAUCAGUGGUGAUGGAUCUAGUUAUAGGGACACGGUCGUUUAUCAGUGCAACCUGGGCUUUCGACUCAUAGGGACGUCAGUUCGUAUCUGCCAACAAGACCACAGAUGGUCAGGCCAAGCACCUGUGUGUGUUCCUAUAACCUGCGGCCAUCCUGGAAACCCUGCAAACGGUCGGACAAACGGCAGCGAGUUUAAUCUCAACGACGUGGUCAACUUCACCUGCAACACAGGCUAUUUGUUGCACGGUGCAUCCAGAGCGCAGUGUCGAAUGAACGGACAGUGGAGCAACCCUCUACCUGUGUGCAAGGUGGUAAACUGCUCUGAUCCGGGCUUUGUGGAGAACACCAUUCGUCACUCUCAACAGCGCUACCCCGAGAGCUUCAACUACAGAAACACCGUGAUGUAUCACUGCAAGAGGGGCUUCUAUCUGCUCGGCUCCUCCGUCCUCACCUGCCAGUCAAAUGGCUUCUGGGACAGAUCACUUCCUAAGUGCCUUCCAAUAUCCUGCAGUGAUCCCGGCACACCGCCAUUUGCUGUCAUGUCGGGCCAGAAGUUCACCACCAGAGCCGUGGUCCAUUACUCCUGCAGCCAGGGCCGAACUCUGGUGGGGAAUGCCACGCGCCAGUGUCUAGAUGAUGGCCGGUGGAGCGGCUCGCCACCCUACUGCUCAGGCGAUAAUCCGGGAUUCUGUGGCGAUCCGGGAAUUCCUCCUCAUGGUUCUCGUCUUGGGGAGGAGUUCAGGCAUAAAAGCCUCCUACGGUUCACGUGCGAAGCGGGCUACGUGCUGAUCGGAUCUUCCGAGCGCACAUGUCUGCAGAACGGCUCCUGGAGCAGAAUCCAGCCCGUGUGUGAAGCUGUAUCCUGUGGAAACCCUGGAACGCCAGCCUACGCCAGGAUCGUUUUCAGCGACGGUAUGCUGUUUCCUAGCUCAGUGACGUACGCCUGCUGGGAGGGCUACAAGACCUCUGGCCUCACCACUCGCCAUUGCACCACCAAUGGCACCUGGACCGGCUCAGCACCAGAUUGCAUUGUUAUCAGCUGUGGGGAUCCUGGUCCAAUUGCCAAUGGAAUAUACAUUGGAAAUGAGUUCAUAUUUAACAAAACCGUCCACUAUCGCUGUAACCCUGGGUAUGUGAUGGAGCCCCCUGGUUCAUCUACUCUACGCUGCAGCAAAGAUGGCACUUGGAAUCAGACCAAACCAAGCUGCAGAGUCAUCAUGUGUGGCCAGCCUCCAGCUAUCCGCAAUGGGCAAGUGGAGGGCUCAGACCUGCAGUGGGGUUCUAGUGUUACCUACAGCUGCUUUGAAGGAUACCAGUUGUCCUCUCCUGGAAUAGCCACAUGUGAAGGGAACGGCUCAUGGCGUGGCGAAAUCCCACAGUGUCUGCCGGUGUUAUGUGGAGAUCCAGGCUCCCCUGCAGAGGGCUUCAUAGAGGGCCGGCAGUUCACCUACAAAUCAGAGGUGUCAUUCUACUGCAGACCUCCAUUCCUGCAGGUGGGCUCCUCAAGAAGAGUUUGUGAGGCGGACGGUUCAUGGAGUGGAAUACAGCCUUCUUGCAUUGAUCCAUCCAGCAAUGCAUGUAAGGAUCCCGGAACCCCAUCAUAUGGAAUUCCAGUCCAGGCUCAGGGAUUUGAGGUCGGAAGUAAAAUUUUCUUCAGAUGUCGGAAAAACUAUCACAUCCUUGGCUCAACAACGAGAACGUGUUUAGAAAACUUAACAUGGAGUGGGAUGCAACCAGAGUGUGUUGCACAUGCCUGUAGGCAGCCUGAGACGCCAUCCCAUCUAGACGUGAAGGCUAUAGACCUGCCUACUCUAGGUUACACACUCAUGUAUACAUGCCAGAAUGGUUUCUACCUAUCUGGGGGAUCAGAGCACAGGACCUGCAAAGCAGAUGGGAGGUGGUCAGGCAAACCUCCAGUCUGCAAAGUUGGACCAAAAAUAAACAGCAAAUCAAAUGAGGAUCCAGACCUGCAGAAAAACAAAAUCCGUGUUCCUGCAGAUGUGUUCUCUUUGAACUCUGGUUGGGCUGGAUUCUAUGAGUACCUGGGAAAGAGACAGGCUGCCACAGUAAUAGUCAAUGCAUUCAAUGCCACCACCAGCCGGGUCAACGUCACUCUUCUGGAGCAGAGCGGGGUGCACAUUAAACUCUCUGGAACUUACAAGAAAGAAGAAAAUCAUCUAUUAUUAAAAGUUUACCAGAUAAGAGGCCCAACAGAACAAUAUUUUAGCAAAUUCAAAAAUGAUAACUGGGCAAUGGAUGGAUAUGUUACAGCAGAAACUGAGAAAAAAAUGUUUGUUUACCAAGGGCACAUUCAUAGCAAGGACUUUGGGAAGUUUCAGUUAACAAGACAAGGUCUUAUUACCACAGACAUGGAUCCGUCUAACCCUUACUACGGCACAAACAGCAGUUCUGUGGCAGCUGCCAUUCUAGUGCCCUUCUUUGCGCUUAUUUUAUCAGGGUUUGCCUUUUACCUCUACAAACACAGAACAAGACCAAAAGUUCAGUACAACGGAUAUGCAGGCCACGAGAACACUAAUGGACAAGCUUCAUUUGAGAAUCCCAUGUACGAUACAAACAUGAAGCCAACAGAGGCAAAGGCUGUGAGGUUUGAUACGACCCUCAAUACAGUCUGCACAGUAGUAUAGCCUUCAUUAUCAGCUCUGGACCGACCUGCCUCAUGG